AUGCAGCGUCUCGGACAAGAAGACAGCGCAAUCCAAGAGCUGAGGAACCAAAUUGGCAACCAGGCCGGAAAUAUGCAGGUGCUAAAAGGAGAAUACGACCGUAUCACGGGCGGCGUUUCGGGAUUGCAGGAACGACACAAAAAUCUGAGUGGUGAGGUAGAAGCGAAUAUCAGGGAGAUGCAGACCAUGGCUGCAAUGACCAACGAGAUUAACUCGCAAAUUGCGGAUCUAAAGAAGCAGCUGGUUGAAGAGGAACUGGCGGUCGAGAAAGACGUCAAGAAACUCGAGGCGUCGGGUAACACCACCAACUUGCCAUUCGGCGUGGGCAUACGGUCGACAGUAGCACACUCCAUCUCAUCCGCCCCAACUUAUGUGCGAGAAGACCCGGCUAUCAAGCCUCCCAAGCCUUUGAAGGAAAUGACGGAACAAGAGCAGGUCGACUGGGCCAUGAAAAUGACCGAGAAGGAGAUGACACCCGAGGAGAGAGAGGAAGCCGAGCUCAGGCAGGCAUUAGAGGCCAGUCUAAGGGACUAGUCGAAUAAUCUAUUUAUAAAUGGUCAUAGUUAUUUAUAAAUUCUACCUACCUUCCUCGGACUAAUGUUGGCACCCCCGUUGUGCACGGGUGCUUGGUCUGUAUGUAAGUAUGUAAAUAGAUUGUACCUAACAUAUAAAGAUAUCUUUAAUGCACA